AUGGAGGCAAAGCUACCUUCAAACAAGAAGUUUCCAAAAAUAAAAUUUUCUCUUGCAAACCUUCUAGGAGACAAACUCUUAGCUGCAAAAACUCACUUCAGUAAGGGCAAAAGAAUGUACCUUGAAGUAGUAUUCAAAAAAGAAUCACAACAACAAUUCUAUGCUACAGAAGGACUAAAUAUCUUCAAGCAAACUAUCUUUGGUUAUAUUCUAAUUAACCUCAAACGUAGCUUUCUCUCAGUUAAACUGAGAAAUACUCCUUUUGGUGAUAUGAACUAA